AUGGCAGUUGUGUCGAAAAGCUGGUAUGGAACGGUGAAUGAACUCUUGGCUCGCUACCAGCGCGAUACAAUGCAACUAACCUUCAAAUAUGGCUCCAAAACAGAAAUUUUAGCUAUCCGACGAGAAAUUCAACUUCGUGGACGAGCUGUGCGAGAUCUUUGCAUCCGAAUGGGACAUUCGGAUGGCACACGGUUCAUCACGAAAGUUUGGUGGUGGAUGGAGGAACGCGAGAUUCCUUGGGAUGUCAUGUUCUCACAACUUCCAGGGAUUAAACGACUGGACUUGAGGUUGUUGCCUUUUGAGAGUCGUCACCUGCCACUUCUCCUGGAAAUGGCAGCAAAAUUUUGUCUUCCGUUGGAAAUCUUGAUACUUCCGAGAAAACAGAACAAGAUGACAAUAGGUGAUUGUAAUACCGUUGAACGCGUUAUGAAGGCUACAAGAGGCGCAAUGCAAAGGCUUUAUAUGAAAGGAACAUGCGGGGGCUUGAAGCAGUUAACAGUGCCAACGAUGAACGAGCAGCACCGGUUUCGUUCUAGCACAAAGUUUAUCGAAGACGUCAUUGCAUUCUGUCCAAAUGUGGAGUAUUUGGAUGGAUAUAAUCAUGCUAUUGAUGAGAUGAAUGGCGUAACAUGUGGAGAGAAAUGGAUAAUCUCGCUCGACACGUGGGAGAGAUUUAACAAAACGUGCACAAACCUGCACAGUUUUGAUUGGGCGGUUGUACCUUUUGCAGACCCAUUUUUUAGAGUUUUUGGAGAGCAUGUAAAGCCAAGAUUAAAAAAGUUGACGUUGACGUUAAAUUUGUCGUGGGAUUGGAAUGACUACUUUAAUACGGAUCAAAUAUCCGAUAUUCCCUUUGAAAAAUCUGGUUAUGGUUUACUUGCAAAAGACGUGGCUUUAUUACUAAAGGGUUGUCCAGCUUUGAUCGAGCUAGAUGUUAUUAUUGACCAAGAUCAAAAUGGCGAAGCGGUUGGAACACUGUUGGACGUAGAUCUGUUUGGCGAUCAGUUUUGGAUGGUAGUAGUUGAUCGUUGUCCUCUACUACAAUCGCUGAAUCUUUCUGAUCGUUCUGCAUACGGAGGAAGCCGUGUCAUCAGAUUGACCAACAAAUUUACAGACCGUGGACUACUUGCGCUAGCAAAUCACACACGCCUGACCUCGAUCAAGUUGCCUGCAGUUUGUUGUUCUGGAAAUAGUGUGUUUGAGUACAUAAAGCACGUUUUCAGAAAGAAACCUUUUGCGGGAGGAAAGUUUAGUCUUGGCUUGAGCUUAGCAGGCCCAAACGAUCAUGCAGUAUCACACCCAUUCUACGUAGAGCUUGUAAAAUUACUGGAGCGCCUUGCCGUGGAAAGCGAGAAAGAGAUAGGCGUUGCGUCGUGCAGCCACAAGGCGUCGAUCAAUGUGUCUAACCCGCACAGUGCUUCGGUCGAUAAAGAUUGGAGCAUAUUAUAUCUGCGUGAUGAGCUUAAACCUAUAAUGGAAAAGGUAGCAAACGCGCAUCCAACCCUGGAUAUGCAUGUUGUCCUAUGCAGAAAUACUCCAGAUAGUUUUUGCCGAAUCGACAACAUGGAGCUAAACUGGUGUCCAGGGUCACAGCAAGGGAGCAUGUUCAUUGACAAUGCGUUUGUUGGUGAUACGGAUAGCAAUGACCGUGAAAGCAACGAAGAAAAUGAAGCAUUUUAUGACGAAGAAGAUGAAGCGUUCUAUAACGUUGAAGAUGAUCUUGAUCCUCAUGAGAUUUAUUCAAGACGUCAUGCCAUGUUAUUGGACCAUGAGAAUGGAAUUGGUUUAGUGAAUGAAAUUGGUGUAGCGAAUGUAGAUGGCGAACUGUGA